AUGGCGAACCACAACCGUCUGGACCGUGAAGGUCAAACUAUCCUUGAUGCUGUAAUACAGCUUUUAUCCUCGUCGAUGCUCUCCCCGGAUGACGCUCACAAUCUCAUUCGAGUUGUUGUUGACAGUACCGAGUUACAGUCACCUUCCACUUUGGAGACUCCUCAGCCCCCUGCUCCUCACCCCACUACCCAGAUUCAUCUCGCGACCUCUCCCAUUGUAACUCCAGCUUCCACUUCGCAGACUCCAGUUCCCACUGCGCAGACUAAAUCUCCCACCCCCCUUGUUGUGCAGACUCUUCAGCCUCCUGUGUCCCUCCCAGUUCUGUCUUCAUCCAUCCUCCCAACAACCACAACAACCUUCAACGGGGAGGAAAGGCGUCAGCAGCAAUACAAUGGCUUCACCUUUGAUAUUCCAUCUGCUGACGCAAAUGGACCAUUCUACCUUGUCAACCGAGGUCGCCGUGUUGGCGUUUUUGAUACAUGGCCAUGCACUUCCCCCCAUGUGAUUGGGGUGAAAACAUCUUCGUAUAGUCGUGCGCGGUCCUUGGAUGAUGGGAUUUCGCGUAUCAUGGAUGCCAUAGACCUAGGAGAAGCAGUAUGGCUUCCUUGA